GUGCUGGUGGGGAGCUUGGCGCCGCAGAGGAAUGUGGAUGUUCAUUUUAGAGAAGAUACCAGUUCUGUGACAGCUUGAUUUAGCCCACUGAAAAUGAAGCAAGAUUCUACUAGAAACAUUGCUUAUACUGUGGAUUGUGAAGAUUAUGUGCACGUGGUAAAAUUCAGUCCGUUUGAUAGUGGAAAUGCGUGUUCCCUCAUUGCAUAUGGCGGCAAUAAUUGCGUAGUAGUUGCAACCUGCAGAUUCCAGGAGGAGGAUGCAGAAGUGGAAGGUAUCCAAUUUAAGACACUAAGGACAUUUCAUCAUGGAAUCCGAGUUGAUGCCAUAGCAUGGAGUCCAGAGACUAGACUUGAUGCUUUACCUCCCCAGAUAAGGUUUUGUACUGCAGCUUCUGAUAGGAAGAUAAGGCUGUUUACUUCAGACCUGCAGGACAGGAAUGAAUUUAAGACAUUUGAUGGCCACUCAGAUUACAUUAAUGAUCUGGUGUUUGCUCCCAAAGAUGGCCAAGAAGUUGCAAGUGUAAGUGACGAUCACACCUGCAGGGUCUGGGAUUUGGAAGGAAAUGAGAAGGCCCAUUUUGUUUUACGUUCUCCUGGAAUGAGUGUUUGCUGGCAUCCUGAGGAGGCUUUUAAGCUGAUGGUGGCAGAGAAGAACGGGAUAAUACGAUUCUAUGAUCUAAUUACACAGCAGGCCAUUCUUUCCCUAGAGUGUGAACAAACGCCGCUGAUGUCAGCAGACUGGUGUUUAAAAAAUACUCUUAAAAUUGGAGCAGUUGCUGGAAGUGAUUGGUUAAUUUGGGAUAUCACUCGCUCCAGUUAUCCACAGGAUAAGAGACCUGUCCAUGUUGAUCGAGCCAGAUUAUUCAGGUGGUCUCGAGUGAAUGAAAAUCUGUUUGCAACCACUGGAUAUCCAGGAAAGACAUCUAGUCAAUUGCUUGUUCAUCAUUUAGGACAUGCCCAGCCCAUUCUUACUGGUACUGCAGCUGUAGGUUCUGGUUUGACGUGGCAUAGAACGCUUCCUUUAUGUGCAGUUGGAGGAGAUCAUAAAAUUUUCUUCUGGGUAUCUGAAAUGUAAAAUAAGUAUUUUCUUUCAAUAUGAAA